GGACGGGACUUAGCCGCCCGUUCCCUGGCACGUCCCGCGCCGCCCCGCCUCCGUGCCCGCUGUCCGUCUCGGCGACGGAGCAAGGGGCAGAGCGGAGCGGAAUGGCAGAAAAUGAAUUCUUAGAAGAAAAGACAUUUAAGCAGCAUUGUGCAAAAUUUAUUAAACAUUCAGAGGAAAUAGGUGAUGGAUGGGAGUGGAGAAAUUCAAAGGACUGCUCUGAUGGCUACAUGAGCAAAACACAUUUCCAGACUAGAAACAGGACUUCUGUGACUGAACAGCUCUUUCCUCAAGCUGAGGAUGACUUUGAGCUCUUUUCUGAUGACUCUGAAGCCGUUGGGCCUGCUGCAGCAUCAGAAGUGAUUCGCUAUGAGUAUCAUGUCUUGUAUUCCUGCAGCUAUGGAGUACCCGUGCUGUACUUUAGGGCAAGCUUUUUAGAUGGAAGGCCUUUAACACUGAAGGAGAUAUGGGAUGGUGUCCAUCAAUUCUAUAAAGCUCGUCUUCUUCAAGAGCCGUGGAGCACCAUUACACAACAGGAGCACCCAAUACUUGGACAACCUUUCUUUGUCCUUCAUCCUUGCAAGACAAAUGAAUUCAUGACUUCUUUGCUAGAAAAUUCUGAAAAAGACAAUAGGAAUAUAAACUACAUUACAUCGUGGCUCAGCAUCGUCGGGCCAGUGGUGGGGCUGAACCUACCUUUGAGUUAUGCCAAGGCAAUGUCAUAGCACGAUGCAAAACCAGAUUGACACAAGGUCUCUGAGUUAAAUCCCACACACUGACGAGUCAUGGCAGUAAUUGGAACCUUCAUUUUCUUGAGCAGCACAGGAUGGAUGAUGGAUAGUGUCACCUGCUAUAAUCUUCACUGGAGUAGUUUCUGUUUUACUUUGGAAACAACACACCAGAUGACAACUGAAGACAAAAAUGUUUGUAACACCUACCCCAAAGACUCAGGUGAUUGGGCUUCACUGAGAGGGAGGAUACAUUGUUGAGCAUCCUGUGUCCCUGAAGUUGAUGGAAGAGCCAUUUAUUAUUGCUCUGACCACAUCCUUUCUUCUGGCCUUAGGGCUUUACCCUGAAAUGGAUAUGAACAUUCAUUGUGAACGUGACUGAAGUCCCCUGGUAUAACAUUUUUUUUAAUAUUUAAAAUAGAAAAUUGGUUUUAUGUACUUAAAAUAAUUUUCACUUUUUAUUCUAAGAAAUAACAAACCACUACUUGUACUGGGCACAUGGUUGAGACUUAAUAAAUACCUUGCCAUUGA